UAAAAAACUGACUUACAAGGUAUGAAUUAAAACGAGCGAAAUGGCACAUUUAAAGAAAGUUAUGAAAUUAAAUAAUUUGUUUUCUAUAAGAUACGUUCAACGCAAUUUUUCUUCUACGGCAACCUCCACUAUUUUUCUUAAUCAAUUAUAUUGGAACACAAACUUGUAUGUAGCCGUAGGACGUAAUUAUUAUAGAGGAUUCGUUUUAGACAGUCCAGUAGUCAAAAAUGCAACUCUUGACAUUAAUAAAAAAUAUAAUUUCAGUACAAGUUCAAGUAAUCCCACCGUAGAUAAUUUUCGAGCCCGCGAGGAAGCUAAGGAAAAAGAAUACCAAAGACAAGAAGCGGAAAAGGAGAAAUCAAAAGAGCAUGAUGAGAAAGAUAAAGCUAAAGAAGAAAAAUUAAAAGCAGUACGAUUGAAAAUCCUAGAAGCAUCACUACCUUUCGUAGAACAAUACGGAUGGACAAUCGAAGCACUAAUAAAUGGAGCUGAAAAAGCGGGUUUACCUGGUGUUGCGCAUGGUCUAUUUCCAGAUGGUAGUAUAGAUUUAAUUCUCCACUUUUAUGGAGAUUGUAAUAGUAAACUAGUUGAAUAUCUAAGGCAAGAAACCAAAAAUGGAGAAAUAAUUCCAAAGGAACCAACAGAAUUUCUUGUAAAAGCUACUAAAUAUCGUUUAGAAAUGCUUAUACCAUAUAAAAAACAUUGGCCUCAAGCAUUAGCUAAAAUGGCUUUGCCACAAAAUGUACCUAAGUCAUUAGCACAAAUUUUAACAUUAAUAGAUGACAUUUGUUAUUUUGCUGGUGAUAGAUCUGUUGAUUUUGGAUGGUAUACAAGACGUAUAGGUAUGUCUACAAUAUAUAAGCUAACAGAGUUAUAUAUGUUACAAGAUAAGUCAGAAAACCAUCAGGCAACAUGGGAAUUUUUACAAAAUAGAAUGAAUGAGGCUCAAGUAGUAGAAUUAGUAUUUGGACAAUCUGGAGAACCAAGUCAACGAACUAAAAAUAGAUUGAAUGCAACAUUUGAAACAGCAAGAAACAUUCUUGGACUUAAUUAUGAUAGAAGAAUAUAAUAAAAAUUUUAAUUUUCUUUGUUUUUAUAUUAAUUGUUUAAGAAAUUCGGUUCAUGGUGUUUGCAAAGACAUUCUAAUGUAAGUUUAACAAAGUCAACAAAGAAGAGAAAUUACUGUUUACCUUAUUUAUUGUAAAUUCUGGUCAAAGGUUGUUGUGAUAUUAAAGAAAAACUUAAAUAAAGCAAAAAAAAAUGAAAAAAUAAAAAUAAAAGGA